AGUCGAUGAAAUUCGAACUCACACCGUAGUAAAAAGGCAAAACACGAUCUCAAAUUAAUGCAGGGUAAAUAAUACUCAUUACAACGAGUUCAGACCCUUGUAUGUUGAAGCAAUAAACACAUUUUCAUUUCAUUUUCUGAAUCCUUUUUCAUAUUUAACAUAAAACAAAAACAAACAAAAAAACGAAAACAAAAACAAAUAAUCAAAGUAAAAGAUUAACCAACUUCGAAGGUUCAACGUAAGGGUUGGGUCUUCAGGUAGCUACCUUCUCUCGUAGGUAGACACGAGGCAAUAAUCCCUCAAACGUUUUGACCAGCCUCUUCCUUCUCUGCUCCUAUCCACCUAAUAUAUAAAUAUUUUAUGUUCAUCCAAUCACUCCAGCCUUAUAAGCACAUUUGCUAUUCAAUCCUCCUUUUCUUAGUUUCAAGUUUCUGCAUCAACAAAGUUCCCCAACUGCCCUUUUUGCACUUUCAAGUUAGAGAUGUCUGGAGGAGAAGAAACUAGAACUCAAAAAGCUCCCAAAUUGAAUGAGAGGAUCCUUUCAUCUCUGUCAAGAAGAUCAGUUGCUGCACAUCCUUGGCAUGAUCUUGAAAUUGGACCUAGUGCACCCGAUAUUUUCAACGUUGUUAUCGAAAUAACAAAGGGAAGCAAAGUCAAAUAUGAACUUGACAAGAAGACAGGAAUGAUUAAGGUUGAUCGGAUUUUAUACUCGUCGGUGGUGUAUCCUCACAAUUACGGCUUCAUCCCUCGCACCUUGUGUGAAGACAAUGAUCCACUGGAUGUUUUAGUCCUCAUGCAGGAACCUGUGCUUCCGGGUUGCUUUCUGCGAGCCAGAGCCAUUGGAGUGAUGCCCAUGAUUGAUCAGGGAGAGAAAGAUGAUAAGAUCAUCGCAGUCUGCGCCGAUGAUCCAGAGUACACACAUUACACUGCACUCGAUGACCUCCCCCCUCAUCGCCUUUCUGAGAUUCGUCGCUUCUUUGAAGACUACAAGAAGAAUGAGAACAAAGAGGUUGCAGUAAACGCCUUCUUGCCCGCUAGCACUGCUCUUGAAGCUAUCCAGUACUCAAUGGAUCUUUAUGCUGAGUACAUAAUGCACACCUUAAGGCGGUAAACAUACAAACCACUAAUUACAAAUAAGCCAUUUUUAUCAAUGGCAGAAGGAAGAUUUCAUGCAGAACUUCCCCAGUUUUACUAUUUCUGUUCUGGAUUCGAUUGGUGAUUGUUUGGUUGAUUAGUAAAGUUAAGAGGAAGUCACUAGAGAAUGUCGUUUCCAUUUCCAUUACGUGCGGUUUCACCGUUUGAAAGCAGUAUCAUCUUCUGGUUCGGAUCUUCUUGCUUCAGUGGUAGAGCAUCUCGCCCCCUGUAUUCACGACAAGAUUUUGACUCUUGCUCUCUGCGUCCUUGGACUUUAAAAUGGAAAAGAUUACCUAUCUUCAAAAAUUCUUCGAUUUAGAAUUUGUCUAAACAAUUAUAACGAAUUUCCUUCGUUAAUUUGCUUAUUUAUUUUUAUCCAGCUGGGAUGGAGGAUGUGUUCCAAUCCUAAAUUAAAAUGAUGAUUUGUUUUCAA